AUGCAAUAUGAUGUGAAAUAACCAGAGUCGAGAUAAAUUUAUUAUAUCAUUAUAACUUAACCUCUGAUUACCUAGUAAAUAUCUUUUUUAAUAGUUUAGCGUCUCCAUAACAGUGGGUUAAACCACUUUAAGAAAUUGUUUAGGAUAAUAUAAAUAAUAGUAUAAAAAUAAUUGA